AUGAGCGCUGAAAACAUCCCCAACCCUUCGAAAUUCUUACGUAUCACUUGGAUCCUAGAAUACCAAGAGCUACUACGGAUGGCUACUUUAACCAAACGUUUCCCUGUCGUGCUCUGCGGCCGCAGUACCCAUAUCGGCAAACCCGUCUCCGAAGCGCUACAGCCCGAAUACGAAGUGAUCCACUUCAUCCAAAGCAUCGAAGCGGCCCAGACCGAACUACCCCAUCUUCUAGCGGGCCGUGAUCCACACUCUCCUCACGUCGACAACGUUGGCACGCAUAACUACGGCAGUCCAGCCAGUGCAGUGAUAUUCGGUCGUGGGUACAAUACAACAGAGGUAGAGCAGGUUCGGAGAGCUUGUGCUGGUCGGGCUCCGGGACCUGUUGCUUGGGUGGCCGGGGACCCGGCGAAGCAGAUCGGGGCGAGUGGACCGCCGCCUGGGCCGGGGUAUGCUCGGGUUGUGGCGGGGGAGGUGAAGGGGGUGCUUGGUCGGUGGAAGAGGGAGGGAAGUCAGCGAGAGGGAUUUCUUUGGUAUUGA